AUGGAGCCAAACAUCUCAUCGUUGAUUUAUCACACUUCCCUGCCUCGUAACGGUUUACGCCAUUUUUUUCUCUACAGACCACUUUAUGUCGGCGGCUCUGGUGGGCCGGCCAGUGGUUCCGGUCUGCUGAAUGCAGGUGCAACUAACAGCCGUGUGACUGGUGUCAUUGUCGAAAGGCCAGCCACGAAAGAUAAUAAGCAUCGGCCUAACGACGGUGGAGUCUCUUUGGCAGGACCACGACUGGGUGGAGAUGAAGAAGAAAGUGAGGAGGGCAAGUCAAAGGGCCUGGCAAUUCGGAGGGCGGAAGAAGAUGAUGACGAUGACGAUUGCUUCGUGGUUGAAGAGACGUUCGUUGGUGGGGCUGGAGCAGGCCUUAUGAACAGAACGAGCAUGCUUUCAGAUGGGGAGGUGCCUGCUGACGAGAAGCAUGGUAGGAUAAGUGGCAGACCACUUAUUUGCUGCCUACUAUUCACAGACGGAUGUUGA